AUGGUACAUCUUAUUGCUAUCAAUAUCUGUCUCGUUUCGCCCGCCUUUGAUGCAGCUGCAAUUCCUCUCUCGUGGUCCUUGUGUCCCACAGAGAGCCACAGCACGCUGCAGUGGAACAAAGAGAAAUCAUACCGGCUGAUGGCGCUUGAGGAGAAGGCGCUCAGCCGAGGUUACGGUCAUCCCCACUGCACGGUUGCCCAACUUUGCAUCCGCCUAACCGACAUGGAUGAGGUGCGAGAGAAGGUACGGCAGAUUUGGCUUGAGGAAAGAGAGGCGAGUGACAAUAAGGCCACACUAUGCUUGUCCGGGUUGGAGGAGGGGCCGGCCUUCGACACUACCGUCGGUGGAACGGCGAUUCACCUUCCCAACAUCAAGAUUAUUCUUUCCGAGCCGCUUCGUAAAUUGCAUGAGAAAAUUAUUCACGCUAUCUGUCAGUACCACGUGCCUAUGGAAACGCUGGAAAUGGCAAAAGCCGCCUUUCACCCAUCCUUUCCUCCGGAUAGCGCCGUUGCUGUGGAGUGGGUGAAUGACUACUUGACAAAGUACGCCCUGGACUCGUACAAUCCUCACAUCACUCUCGGAGCAACCCCGGCAAAGGCAACGGCUAGCACGGCAUUCAAAACUACGUUGGUGUCGUGGAGGGAGUGUCGACUCGUCGUCAGUCGAAUGGGCAACUACUGUUCCUGUUUUGAAAUCCAAGAAUAG